AUGAUAUUGUGAGAGAUUUUCCUUUCUCUUUGUCCUAUAUAUGAACGGCUAUUGAAAGUGAUGUCCAAUAUUUGGUAGCAUUCAUAGCAGUGUUGAUAGUGUUGUACACCUCUGACACAACUGUAUGGAUGCGACCACUCGUACGACUGGUUCUGAGUCCGAGUGUCCACUCAAUCGCCGUCUAAUUGUGUCUCCAAUGAGAGUAGUGUUGAAACAAGUGAUGGCUUUAUAACAGUUAUACAUGUGUUUCAGUCAAAGCCAAACAACACACACAUUGUCAACACAUUUGUAGUAUUUAUCAUUCAUUCACUAAUUGUCACAACUCUUGAGCCAAUGUCUCAUCACUGGACGCACAGUCUGUGCUCCCAUUGAGCCGAAGAUUGUGUGGCCAUUGAUUAUCUCAUCGCACAGUGUCUCCAAUCGCAUCAAUUGUGUCCACGAGUUGUCUCAACCCAUCGACGGAUCCCACAGUGUCUCACAUCCACCACAUCAUGAUAUCUGCGGAUUCAUCCAAAAUAAGCCUCCGUAUGAUAGGCGCGAGUGUAGCGAAAGCACCGGGAGUGUACACGUGCCAGACGUGCAACGCGUUGUUCACAUGCCUGGACUACUACCAACAGCACCGCCGUAACCACGCCGAGUGCAAUGGCAUCAAACUGCUGACAUGCAGUCACUGUCCCUACUCUAGUGAUAACUCAUUUCAUUACAACUGGCACAUCAUGUCGCACACCGGCAAACCCCCGCACAGGUGUCAGGUGUGCUCCAAACCGCAGCUCCAGACUGUGUCCACCUCUCCCAUCAAACACGAGCCCAUCGGCCCGAUUAUGGACAGCAUCUCCGACGACGAGCCCUCCGCCUGCGUUAUGACCGGAAAACGGUCUGUGGCGACGGCCACCACCGAUGACCUGUUAUUGUCGAACAUGCAGUCAACCCAACAGAGCUCCUGUCGUAUGUCCUCCAAAGGCAUUAUGACAUCACUCAGUGAUCACACAAACAAUUUCUAUAACUUAAAAACCAUCGAUCCGUCAGACCUUAUGGACAAUAAGUACACCAACUCUUCGGGCGAUGAGGAGGAAGAGGAGGACGAAGACGAAGAGGAAGAGGACGAAGAGGAGGAGGAAGUGGUGAACAAUGAGAGGAACGGAGACAACGACUCGGAGGCUGACGACGACGACGAGGAGGACGAAGAGGAAGAGAGUGAUGAAGACGACGACGAAGAAGAACAAGAAGACGAAGAUUUUAGUGUCAGUGCGAGUCUUGAGACAAUUGUUCCCAAUGUUAUCAAUAAUAAUAAUAAUAAUAGUAAUAGUAAUAAAAGAGUGAAAACUAGUGAACAGACCGGAAGUGAUGGCAAUACGAAGCCCAGAGGCAGAGGGAAAGGCAAUCGCAAGUCGCGAGUGAACGCCUUCUUCGAUGGCAUCGACGGCUCCGGUACUGGUGUUGAGGGCAUACGCCGAAAGUUUCAUUGUUCUCAUUGUGGUAAUGGAAAGAGUUUUAAGACGAAAAGCCAUUUGCAAAGGCAUAUCCUGACCCAUACGGGCGAAAAGCCCUAUCACUGUAACCGAUGCGGCAGUAAAUUCAAUCAGAGCUCAUCCCUACGCAAUCAUAUAAUAGCAAUUCAUACGAAAGAAUAUCCCCAUUACUGUCCGACGUGUGGUAAAGGCUUUCUAAUGCCCGCCCUUUUACAGAAGCAUUUGGCCACAAGUCAUCGGAACAAGUGAUACGUCAACACGUCUUAAGAGGUCUAUUGAUCCCUUGAGUUAUCAUUGUAUUGAUCUAUCAAUCGGUAACACAUUUGUUGUUAUUCUCAUUCAAGACAUAUUAUUUUCAGACAAAAUAGUGCCACA